AUGGCGAAAGCAACUCCUUACUCAUAUGCCCCGAUCCGGCCUAAUCAGCUGCGGCUGUUGAAAUUUGUCCGCGACGAGACAUCUGUUUCCGCUGUUCUCAAGACUUUCUCGCUUGAUCAGCCGCUUCCCCCAUACCACUCUCUAAGCUACACAUGGGCCACCGAUGGAGCGCUCCUCUCAAGAGGUUGGAAUAUUCUCAUAAACAAACAACAACUCCCAGUCCUUGACACAUUACAACCAUUUAUUAGUGUGUUGAGGUCAAAGGGCGAGCUUCUCGAUGGUAGAUGGUGGUGGAUUGAUUCAAUCUGUAUCAAUCAAUCCGACCUAGAAGAAAGGGCCCAGCAGAUCCAGCAUAUGCAAUAUGUAUAUGGCAAUGCUGACCGAGUUAUCAUUUGGUUGGGAGAAGAGUCAAAUGACAGUAAUCUUGCAAUGGACUUUGUUCGACAUCUUGAUAAGAUUUCUCGAGAGAAGUAUCACAUCGACAAGCUUCGUGCGAUGCUGCAGACCGAUGAAUACCUUCCCCAAUGGGCAGCAUUGAAGAAUCUCCUUUCCCGGAGAUGGUGGUCAAGAAUGUGGAGCGUGCAGGAGUUUGUACUCCCCCCAAGUAUUUCAUUCUGGUGCGGCACACGCAAUGCCAGCAGAGUUGCUGUUUGUCGCACUCUAAGCACAGCCGACAAAUGCACUUCGGUCGGUAUCAAACAGACUCCUGGUUUCACACUUGGAAAUAACCGAAGAAGAGCACGGGGCUUAUACAAGGCCAUGAGAGAUGGGAGAGCGAAUGUGAUCCUUUCCCUUCCAGCAUUGGCUGCCUAUUUUUCUUGUAUGAACGCAACUGAUGAUCGAGAUCGGUUAUACGGCCUAAUGGGACUCUGUACUGACAAAUCGCUUCUGGAAGUCGACUACUUUCUGAGCACCGAGGAGGUCUACUUGGGUUUCGCCCAAGCUUUCAUAACUCAGUACAAGUCGCUUGACAUCAUAUCCUUUGCCUCAAUUUACAGCGGUCCUUCUGAGUCUUGGCCGUCCUGGGUACCUAGAUGGCAAAAAGGAGAAGCCUUGGUAGUUCCUCUGAUGGUCAGCCAAAGUUCCAAGACGCAAAUCGGGAACCUGCGAACCCCUCCAGCCCUUGAGGUUGAUCCAUCAGUCUGCUAUACGGCCUCAGGGAACACGGAAGCCAUAUGCAAGUUUGAAGGUUCCAGACUACUCGCUCGCGGGGUUGUCAUUGAUACUGUCGAUGGACUGGCUGCAUCUAAGCAUUUCGACUUGGUCCAAAGUUCCACGUGGACGUCUGGGGAGAUGCCGGACUCUUUUUUCUCGCCAAAGGAUAUUCUCACCAGCGUGUGUAGAAGCUUAGUAUUAGAUCGGAAGGAUCGCUAUUUACGAUAUUCCAUGCCGACUGGAAUUACAAGUGUGGUUUUCUUGGACAAGAAAUCUUCAGAUUCGAGGAUUCAGCUUUGA